AUGAUCGAUCGCGCCAAUGACCGGAAUGUGGCCUUGAGGAUCGAGGAUGCCGACCUUUUCGAUCGGGCCGAGCUGCCCAUCCUCCAGGGAGGACAAGCGAUCAUCCUCAAGCAUGCCGGCCAAGACGCCUCACAGGCGUACGAACCCAUCCACCCGCCAGGUACGAUCGAAGAGCAUCUGGAUAAGAGGUACCACAAGGUCUUCGAAUCGAUCGCUACCACUCGGCUGAAUGCCCGGGCUUGGGCGUACUACUCGUCCGGCGCGGACGCCGAGAUCUCGCUCCGGGAGAACCGCGCCGCGUUUCAGCGGGUCUGGUUCCGGCCCCGGAUCCUGCGCGAUGUGCGGACGAUCGACUAUUCGUGUGUCUUGCUCGGCUCUCGGUCCAGCAUGCCCAUAUAUAUCACGGCGACAGCACUGGGAAAGCUUGGCCAUCCGAUGGGCGAGAAGAACCUGACGAUCGCCGCGGGCAAGCAGGACCUGAUCCAGAUGAUCCCCACCCUUGCCUCGUGCACCUUCGACGAACUCGUCCAGGCCCGGAUCCCGGGGCAGACCCAAUGGUACCAGGUCCAUGUCACCACCGACUGCGCCAAGACCGCCCGGCUCGUCCUCAACGCCGUCCAGGCCGGAAUCAAGGCCUUCUUCAUCACCGUCGACGCGCCCCAAUUAGGCAGACGGGCGAAAGACAUGCGGCUCAAGUUUGAAGAUUUCGGCUCGGACGUCCAGAAUAAAAAUAACGAAAACGUCGGCCGCAGUCAGGGCGCCACGAGAGCUAUUAGUAGCCUCAUUGAUGCCAAUCUUUCGUGGGCCGAUAUCCCGUGGCUACAAGAUGCAGUGCUGGCGCAAAAACACGGCUUGCAGGCAAUAGUGCUCCCAAACCACGGCGGGCGACAGCUAGACUACAGCCGAUCGGGGCUAGAAAUGCUCGUGGAAGUGGUGACUAAACUCAAGAGUUUGGGCGCUGUGUCUGGGCGCGACGGCGGUGGACAUCGGGCGUCCGUUCUGUACGCUUACUCGGUCUAUGGCGCACAGGGCGUCGUCCGGGCUAUCCAGAUCCUCAAGGACGAGCUCGAGAUGAACAUGCGGCUCAUCGGCGCCGCAUCGCUCGAUCAUCUAGCCCCCGGCAUGGUCGAUAUCUCCGCACUCACCAACCGCAUCGUCGACACUACUCCACACUUCAAGGCCCAGCAGAACUACAUCCCGUUGCCUCAAAUCAAAGGCUCUAGACUGUGA